AAGGGGCGGGAUCCCCGCGCGUGGGGGGGCGGGGGCCUGAGAGGAGCCGGGCCGGGGUGAUGCCGCGCUGCGAGCUGCUGCUGCUGACACCAUCGGAGUGACCAGAGUCCGGAGAGGCGCAGGGCGAUGCGGAGUCCACCAUGGAGGCCAAAUGGUUUUUGUCCAUCAUUCAGGAUGAGUUUAGAACUGGAAAGAUUAAUUUAGACAAGACAUUGAAAUUACUUAUUAAGCUAAACGUCCCUUUUGAUUAUGUUCAUGUAAAAUAUGUUUUUAAGAAAACAAGUAAUCAGUCGAAGACUGGAACUAUUACUAUAGAAGAAUUCAGGGCAAUUUAUCGAACCCUUGCACACAGAAGUGAAAUACAUGAACUUUUCUGCAGUUAUUCUCCGAACCGCAAAAUUCUACCUGAAAUAAACCUGAUUGAGUUUCUCAGAAAAGAACAAUUUGUAAUUGAUGCUAAUGAAGCAAUUGCCUCUGAACUUAUUGCAAAGUAUGAACCCAUUGAAGAAGUGCAGAGAAAAAAACAGAUGUCGUUUGAAGGAUUUUUAAGAUACAUGAACUCAAAAGACUGUUUGAUAUAUAAAAGAGAACACACAAUUGUUUACCAAAAUAUGAGCUACCCAUUACGUGAUUAUUUUAUUUCGUCUUCUCAUAACACCUACCUCAUAUCUGAUCAACUAAUAGGGCCAAGUCACCUUUGGGGUUAUUCAAGUGCUCUGAUGAAAGGAUGUCGUUGUUUGGAAAUUGAUUGCUGGGAUGGACCACAAAAUGACCCUGUUGUGUAUCAUGGUCACACUUUAACGAGCAAAAUUACAUUUAGAACUGUCAUUGAGGUGAUAGAUAAGUAUGCAUUUGUGGUAUCUGACUAUCCUGUUGUACUGUCUUUGGAGAAUCACUGCAGCCCUAAGCAACAGGAAGUAAUGGCAGACUAUUUAGAAACUAUUCUAGGUGACAAACUUCUUACUACAAUAAUUGGUGAUACGUUUCCUACAGAUCUACCUUCCCCUGAGGAAUUAAAAUUCAAAAUAUUGGUAAAAAAUAAGAAAGUUGGAACACUUGAAGAAACUGUUCUCAGGAGAGGUCUUGAUAGCCAUGGUGAGAUAGGGGAAUUUGUAGAAGAGGUAGAGCAAUCUGAAGAUGAUGAAGCUGAUGAAAGCACUCCCGCACCACCAAAAUCUCCUGUGCUAAAAAGAAGAAAUGCAGUUAAGAGAUCUCCACCAACCCCUCGAAAAAAGCGAAAGAUUAAGAAGGUAAAACUGGCCAUGGAGCUCUCAGAACUUGUGAUUUAUACCAAAGCUGAAAAGUUCAAAAGUUUUGAGCAUUCAAGAGCUAAUCAGAAGUUCUAUGAAAUGAAUUCAAUUGGAGAGGUUAAAGCACGAAAACUUGCCAAACAGACAGCUAAUGAAUUUGUUUUGCAUACUGCCAAAUUUAUUACAAGAAUUUAUCCCAAAGGGACUAGAGCGACCUCUUCUAAUUAUAAUCCUCAAGAAUUCUGGAAUGUAGGAUGCCAGAUGGUGGCCUUAAAUUUCCAGACCCCUGGACUACAAAUGGAGCUGCAAAAUGGAAAAUUUAUGGACAACGGUUGUUGUGGCUAUCUUCUAAAACCAGAAUUCAUGAGAGAUUCUGCUACGCAGUUUAAUCCAUAUAAUGUAACAGGAAACCAUAAUCCAAUAACUCUUUCAAUAAGGCUCCUGGCCGUCUCCUGGUGCCUGCUUGGGCCCUGCAGUGAAAAUGAGAGAGUUAUCGUCAUGUUCCUCUGUUUUCCAAACUCGGUGACAGACUUGAUCCUGCAUCACUCUUUGUGUAUAUUUGGUACUAUUAAUGAUGACAUUAGCAGUACUCCUGAACUGGCAUACUCCUCAAUAAAGCAACCAUCAUGUAGCUUGCAAACAACAGUUUAG